UUCAUGUCAGAUUUCUUCUCUUGUCUCCGGCUAUGACUCAUGUUAUCUGAAUGUUUCUGUCUCACAUCGGUUUGACACAGUUAAUCGUCGAUGUACAAGCUGGUUGAAAGUGACAGUUGUUCAGGAUCAACUGCACAUGGGCUUUUUUGUUUGUUUGUUUUAGCAGAGGACGUUUGAACGGAGGUUGUUCGAGCUUUCUGUUUUUCAGAAAAUACUUGAAAAGAGUUCACAAACAGGGCUGAUUACAGUUCAAGUACAGGUGUGGACUCCUUGUGAGGAUGAAUGAGACAGAGGAGGAGGUCCAUCUCUCUGCAGCUACUCUGUGUGAGGAACAUGACGGCCAUACCGGAGCUCAGAGGGUUCACCAGCAGAGGGCGGACUCUCCUUCACCCAGCGGGGUGUCCAUGAAGAGUGACUGUUCCAUGAUUGAGCCUGUUACCUUCAAGGAUGAAGAAAAGGUUCACCAGCAGAGACCAGACUCUCCUGCACCCAGCGGUGUGUCCAUGAAGAGUGACUCAUCCAUGAUUGAGCCUGUUACCUUCAAGGAUGAAUACUUCUCUGACAAAGACAGGGUUCACCAGCUGACAGCAGACUCUCCUGUACCCAGCAGUGUGUCUAUGAAGAGUGACCAGUCCAUGAUUGAGCCGGUUACCUUCAAGGAUGAAGGCCACUCUGAUAAAGAAAAAGUGCAACAGAUUCCUGGUUGUCAGCAACAUCCAACAGACCUGGACUCCAUAUUCAAGCAUCUUGAAGAGAACAUCGCCACCUUUGUGAAGAAUGAGCUAAAGAAGUUCCAGAAGGCUCUAAGUCCAGAUUACCCAGGCUGCUUCGAGAGGCAGAGUGAAGAUGAGGAGGUAUGGGGUGGUGGGGAGGAAGAGCAGAGGAGGAGCAGCAGUGAGGCACUCCUGAAGAUCACACUACACUUCCUGAGGAGGAUGAAGCAGGAGAAGCUGGCUGACUGUCUGCAGAGCAGAUCCAAUGUUGCAGUUUGUCAGCAUCAACUCAAAUCUAACCUGAGGAAGAAGUUUCGGUCUGUGUUUGAGGGGAUCGCUAAAGCUGGAAACCAAACCUUUCUGAAUGAGAUCUACACAGAGCUCUACAUCACAGAGGGAGGGACGGGACACCUCAAUGAUGAACAUGAGGUCAGACAGAUUGAAGCAGUGUCCAAGAAACCAGCCAGACCUGAAACAGCAAUCAGACAUGAUGAUAUCUUUAAACCCUCCCCUGGAAGAGAUGAACCAAUCAGAAAAGUGAUGACAAAAGGAGUGGCUGGCAUCGGGAAAACAGUCUUGACACAGAAGUUCACUUUGGACUGGGCUGAAGACAAAUCCAACUGGGACAUAGAGUUCACAUUUCCAUUCACCUUCCGCGAGCUGAAUGGGCUGAAGGAGAAAAAGUACAGCCUGGUCGAACUUGUUCAUCACUUCUUCACUGAGAUCAAAGAUGCAGGAAUCUGCAGGUUUGAAGACUUCAGGGUCGUGUUCAUCCUUGAUGGACUGGACGAGUGUCGUCUUCCUCUGGACUUCUGCAACACUGAGAUCCUCACAGAUACCACAGAGUCCACCUCAAUUGGUGUGCUGCUGACAAACCUCAUCCGGGGGAAGCUGCUUCCCUCUGCUUGCCUCUGGUUAACCACACGACCUGCAGGAGCCAAUCAGAUCCCUGUUGAGUGUGUUGACAUGGACAGAGGGUUCACUGAUGAACAAAAGGAGGAGUACUUCAGGAAGAGAUUCAGAGAUGAGGAGCAGGCCAACAGGAUCAUCUCCCACAUCAAGACAUCACGAAGCCUCCACAUCAUGUGCCACAUCCCAGUCUUCUGCUGGGUCACUGCUACAGUUCUGGAGGAUGUGAUGAAGACCAGAGAGGAAGAAGUGCUACCUAAGACCCUCACUGAGAUGUACAUCCACUUCCUGGUGGUUCAGUCCAAGCUGAAGAAUGUCAAGUAUGAUGGAGGAGCUGAGACGGAUCCACACUGGAGUCCAGAGAGCAAGAAGAUGAUCAUGUCUCUGGGAAAACUGGCUUUUGAGCAGCUGCAGAAAGGCAACCUGAUCUUCUAUGAAUCAGACCUGAUAGAAUGUGGCAUCGACAUCAGAGCAGCCUCAGUGUACUCAGGAGUGUUCACACAGAUCUUUAAAGAGGAGAGAGGACUGUACCAAGACAAGGUGUUCUGCUUCGUCCAUCUGAGCGUUCAGGAGUUUCUGGCUGCUCUUCAUGUCCAUCUGACGUUCUUUUGCUCUGGUGUCGAUCUGCUGUCAGGACAGCCAUCAGCCCUCUGGUGGUUGAAAAUAUUCAGAUACAAACCCUAUCCAAUACAACUCUACCAGAGCGCAGUGACCACAGCCUUACAGAGUCUAAAUGGACACCUGGACUUGUUCCUCCGUUUCCUCCUGGGUCUCUCACUGCAAACCAAUCAUACUCUUUUACAAGGUCUGACUACACACACAGGAAAUAUCUCACAGACUAAUCAGGAAACAGUCGGGUACAUCAAGAAGAAGAUCAGCGAGAACCUGUCUCCAGAGAGAAGCAUCAAUCUGUUCCACUGUCUGAAUGAACUGAAUGAUCAUUCUCUAGUGGAGGAGAUCCAACAGUACCUGAGUUCAGGAAGUCUCUCCACAGAUGAACUGUCUCCGGCUCAGUGGUCGGCUCUGGGCUUCAUCUUACUGUCGUCAGAGAAAGAUCUGGAAGUGUUUGACCUGAAGAAAUACUCUGCUUCUGAGGAGGUUCUGCUUAGGCUGCUGCCGGUGGUCAAAGGCUCCACCCAGGCUCUGCUGAGUGGGUGUAAUCUGUCAGAGAGAAGCUGUGAAGCUCUCUCCUCAAUUCUAAGAUCCCAGUCCUCCAGCCUGAGGGAGCUGGACCUGAGAAACAACAACCUACCGGAUUCAGGAGUAAAGCUGCUGUUGGCUGAACUGGAGAGUCCAAACUGUACACUGGAGACCCUCAGGCUGACUGGCUGUAAUUUGUCACAGAAGAGCUGUGAAGCUUUGGCGUCAGUUCUCAGCUCUCAGUCCUGUAGUCUGAGAGAGCUGGACCUGAGUAACAACGAACUGCAGGAUUCAGGAGUGAAGCUACUCUCUGCCGGACUGGGCAGUCUGCACUGUACACUGGAGACUCUCAGACUUUCAGGCUGUUUGAUCACAGGGAAACACUGUGUUUCUCUGGCCUCAGCUCUGAGAUUAAACCCCUCCCAUCUGAGAGAACUGGACCUGAGUUACAAUCACCCAGGAGACAUAGGAGAGAAGCUGCUAUCGGCUGGUUUGGAGGAUCCACACUGGAGACUGGAGACUCUCAGGGUGGAACACUCUGGAUGGGUGAGGUUGAAACCUGGUGUCAGGAAAUGGGCCUGUGAACUCACAGUGGACACAAACACAGUAAACAGACUCCUCAGACUGACCGACAACAACAGGAAGGUGACAGCAGUGAAAGUGAAGCAGCCGUACCCUGAUCACCCAGAGAGGUUUAACUGCUGGGAGCAGCUGCUGUGCAGAGAUGGUCUGACCGGUCGCUGUUACUGGGAGGUCGAGUGGAGAGGAAUGGUUUAUGUAUCGGUGUCUUACAAAGGAAUCAUAACAAAAAGAAACAGAGCUGAGAGCUGGUUUGGAGGGAAUAAUCAGUCCUGGAGUCUGGAGUGCUCAGAUGAUUUUGCUGUCUAUCACAAUAAAAAAAAGACAAGCCUCCCUCCCUCCUCUGACUCUGACUCUGACUCCAACAGAGUGGCAGUGUAUUUGGACUAUCCUGCUGGCACUCUGUCCUUCUACAGAGUCUCCUCUUACACACUGAUCCACCUCCACACCUUCAACACCACUUUCACUGAACCUCUUUAUCCCGGGUUCUGGUUAUGGUCAGCCGGUUCCUCAGUGUCUCUGUGUGAGCUGUAGGAGGGAGAGUCGCUUCAUGUGUAGAGAAACAAUCACACUGCUAAUAAACACACACACACACACACUAAUUCAUAAUAAGUUGUCUUUAAGUGUCAAAAAGCCUAAUUUCAUGUUAUUUGCUGGGAAAAACGGAGCACAACAAUUAGCAAAUUAAACUUUUCUACAUUUCUAACUUAUCCGUUCAAAAUACUUUCUAAAAUGAUUGUACCAAGUGUACCUCACUUUUUUUUAAACUGCAGUUGCUGACUACUUUUUAGAUUAGUUUUCUUUGAUAUUGUUUUUUUCAUAACUCAGAUUCCAUAAUUACCCAUUUAGACAGGCUAGUUAUCGUCAUGUUUCUUUGUAGGAAACAUCCCCAGGGUCAGUUUUCUAUCAAACAUCAUGGAAUGUAAAAUGUUUAAUACUGGAUUCUCCAGUGUCAUUGUCUGUAUACAAGAAGAUUUUAAAAUACUUUGUUGUCAAAACUAUUUUAUGUGGACCACUAAUGUUCACUGUUGAUGUUCAUACUGCCAAUGUGACAGUUAAUCUACAUAUAAAUGUAACACUAUAGUAGUACUGUGAAUUUGUGUUAAUGCUAGUAUUUAAAAUGUAUUGAUUGAGUUGACGGUGUCUUUUUGAUGUUUUCAUAUAAUCCAGUGGAGGUGUCUACCACAUCAUCACAUGUACUUUUUCUAUUUUUUUAUCACGACAUGUGUUUUUAUAUUCAUCUAUGUGAAACAAACUUAAACAUUGUCAGGAAAUGACUCAGAAAAAAAAAUGAAAUACCAUAAUGUUUCUUUGCACUUCUUGUACUGUCUCAACACAGAAAAGCAGAGUUAUAUUCAGACUCUGUUGUAUACGUUUAUGCAGUUAGCCAGUGAUGUUUCUAUUAUUCUGUAUACUUGUUGUGCACUAUGAGGACAUUUUUUCCUCGUUUUGUUGUUGGUUCUCACGGCCCCUGUGGGCAGAAGUUGUAUUGUCAGCACCUCCUCCUGCAAUAAACAUCUUA